UCCUGUUUGGGGAUAUACGUGUUGUGCUUAGGCUAUAUACGAACCCAACUCAUGUGGGAAUUCACGGCUGGUCGUAUGCAGCCCCCUUAUACACACUGUGUUGGGUCGGCUUGUUGGAAGCUUUGAGCGAGUUUUGGAAAACCGAUCCAGAGCCCCGAUAACGACCUAUAGUCCCCGACAGGUUUGGAGAUCAGCUUCAGUGUUUUGCGUCAGCCGCGGACUAAACAAGACCCGACAGCCCUCUCCUGGCCAGGUUGCACCGGUUGCCCUAGCUUCGAGUGAACUAGGUCUGUCUCCCUGUGCUAGCGACUCAUCGUACCACGUCUCGCACUGUGCCUCGCAUACCUCGCACAAGUCAGGUUUAAUACGAGCAGGUUACGGGACCCAGCCAGCCCAGCGUGUGUCCAGCUUUAAUUCCAGGCGUUUGUGAUACACCUGUGCCGUCUUGAGGGAUGCCUGCUGCAUAGCGCAUCCCACACAUCUCGUAUGCACUACCCCGCUUGAGAUUUUUUUUUCCUCCGAGUUUGCUCAACGCAGGAUUUUUUGAGAGACUGUUUCCAAGAUUGGUGCAUCACCGAAAUCAGUUAUACUCGCAUUUCCUGAUUUCUUCAAUCACAAAAAAAUAAAAAAAGAUAACUCAGAGAAUUCUUGGGAGUGAGUGCAUUCCACCGAACCCCGCCGCACACAUGAUGAUUUUUAACACCGCCGAGGAUAUGGCGACACUGCACAAAUCCUCCUUCGCCGGCUUGUCCGAUGAGACCAGCAUGCAUCACCCGCAGCAGACGACGGGGCUGGGCGGCGCGCUGGCCGGCGGGCCCUGCCGGCCUGGCUACGGUAUGCCGCACUCCAUCGACGGGAUUCUCGGUAAUGGCACGGCCAGAGGCAGAAACGGUAGCGGGGAGUCGCCCUCACCAGACAACAAAGACAUGACCCCACUGACGUCACCCAUGGGCGAUCCCGUCAAGGACUCGGACAACCCCAACCCCUCCGGGGUCGGGCUGACCGGCGGUGGCGGGGGCAAGACUGACCCGCACCACGACAACACGGCCGGCAGCCCCCGGGACAAGGCCUCCGAGGAGAACAACAACAACGGCGGCAAGGGGGACGGCGACGGCAAAGACGGCGAGGGCUCCAAGGGGGACGACGCCUCCAAGAGGAAGAAGCGACGGAACCGGACCACCUUCACCAGCUUCCAGCUGGAAGAGAUGGAGCGGGUCUUCCAGAAGACGCACUACCCAGACGUCUACUGCCGGGAGCAGCUGGCCUUACGCUGUGACCUCACCGAGGCGCGCGUGCAGGUUUGGUUCCAGAAUCGGCGCGCCAAGUGGAGGAAACGGGAGCGCUUCCAGCAGCUGCAGGGCAUGCGUGGAAUCGGGCCCGGCGGGGGCUACGAAAUGCCGAUCGCCCCCCGCCCCGACGCCUACUCACAGGUGAGUCCCCCCGGCUUCCACGUGGGCGACAUCACUCAGCCACCGGCCCCCGUAGAGGGCGCCAUGCUCCGCAUUUGCAGAAACCUGCAAAACCUGCGGCGGGAAUUUGACACGCGCAAGCUGGCCUCCGGGCAGGCGGGAGAGGGCGCUGUUGAUAGCCAGUCGCCAAUGAUGCAGCCGUCUCCAUGGGGACACAACAUGUCUUCACCUCUGACAUCAACCAUGAAUCCCGCGCCUAUGCAGAUGCAGCAGUCCCCCCACAACUCGUGUAUGGCACCCCAGUCCAACCUUCCCAGUUUUAUGGGCGUUACUAACCAGAAUCAGCUCAACCAGCUCAACCAGCUCAGCCAGGCCACCAGUCCCAUCGCGGCCGCAGCCGGCAACAACGCGGCCGCACAGUUCAUGUCCCACGCCGCGGCGGCGCAGGCGCAGGCGCAGAACAUGAACACCUUCAACGGACAGUACACGGACACGGGAGCCAUGCAUUGUGGGCAAGAAGGCGGCGACCGGAGAACAAACAGUAUAGCUGCACUGAGACUGAGAGCGAAGGAGCAUAGCACGGUGGUGGGAAUGAUGAACGGAUACUCCUAGAACUCAUACAACUAAAGAGAUGAAUUUUAUGAACUUCUUGUGAACAGCAUCGGCACUGGAGAUGCUGCUGAUUGCGCUGGUCCCACCGGGACCUAGUACUGGACGCCAUGUCAAUCACAGCGUACGUUGGACAAGCAAAAGGGUACCUUUGGUGUCAGAAGUGGGAUCGAGUGGAGAUGGUUUACCUCAGAGAGUACGCUUCGGCCCUUCUGUGGAAUCACGGCUGCGAAUUCUGAUUCGUCGAUCGAGGCAUGCUUGUGCUCUUCUUUGACCGUCACAUUUGAGUCAGGGUGCCAGAUCCACAUCGUGCUCCCACAUCGGAGCCUGCAACUCAAUUAACGCGGUGUGAAUCCCAGAAUGGUAUGGUAGGGGCUCUUGUCAUAAUCAGACCCGAUUAGCAAUGUUCUAAAGUUCACUCAGCUAAACAUCUAUUAGCUGCUUGCCGAUAGGGUGCCAAAAUGGACGUUGCAAUAAGGCCUGAUUGUAAUGAGCGUCCUUAUAGAUACAAAACCAUCAUUGAGAGAUCUAAAUGAUUCUGGUUAUUACAGGAAACUUAGUCUCGUACACGAUGAGAUCAAGACUUUCUUUGCCGUGGUUGUGAUUCCCACCGUCCCACUGCAUCCGGUUUUUCCUCAGAACGAUUUUAAGGGCGAUGGGAAAAUAACACCUGUGUACAACCAAAAGAGAGCGAAGGGUCAGACCGUAUAAAGCUUUAGCGCACGCUGGAACGUUCUCUGGGAAAAACGAAACGUUGAGUGGUUGACACAAAUACAAGAAGCUGUAAUAUUCAUUAUAAUUAUAAGAUGAAGAAUAUUUAUAGAUAAAUAUUUCUGUUAUCUUGAAUUUUUUCUGGAUGUGUUUUCUUAGUAUCCUUAAUUUGCGGUUUUGCUGUACAUUUGUCCAUGGACCAGGUUGAUAGAGUAUAACGGUUCUUUACUUUGUUUUAUAUAGAUUUGAAUUUAAUGUUUAGUAUAGGGCCUACUGUGGUGUAUAAUAAUUGUGAUGUAGUGCAUUUGUACAGAAUUCAGUUUUGGACCGAAAGAAAAAGAUAAGUUUUUUUUUUCUUAUUUUAUUUCUGACUCGAGUUCACCCCUCGGUUUUAAUAGAUACCGUGUAUGUCGUGUUUUAUACACAAGUAUUUAUUACCGUCUAGAUGGUGACAUGUUUCAGCCAACCAGCUAUUGUGCUUGCCAAAUUGAGGAGAAAUGGAUUACGCGUUAGUGUAGACUUCAAAUAGAGAUAGAACAUCACAAGGGUUGCAAAUGAACUACCGACAAACACUUGAAAUUUUACAUUACGAGUUCAGACUUAUAUGUAGUGCAGGCACAGAUUACAAGUCUAGAAAUCACAGACCUUUUCUUACAAAGUGAGUGCAUUUUCAUCUCGAAGAAGACUGCCGCCAAGUCGAAAAAAAUGGGACCAUUAGGAUAAUUUGUUGUAGAAUGCCAUAACGGUGGAAAUUCACCACAAAAAAAAACACUUGUGGACAAUAUUGCCAAACACUGUAUUUAUGUCUACAAUAACCGUCCUAAACGUCCAUGACUUCAGGCCCAAAACAUAAACAUCUGUAGAAGAUAGCAUUCACUGUGUGAACUGUGUUUUGUGUAUCUCACUUGUACUUCUGCCGUCGGGAAAAAGAUUAUAGACAAACUUGAACAUCGACAAAUCUUAAAAACCAAGUUUAGUUAUCGGGUAACAGAAAGCAAAGCUGUUUUAAUUACUGUUAAAGUCGUACUUUGAAUACUGUUGUGUAGAACAAGGAGCUGUUAGUUAGAGGUGAUAGACGUUUUAGAAAGAAAAAAAUCCUUACAAAAAGAGGGUUAAUGGAACAGCAUUACGUAUUUCAGGGAGUUUUUUGGCAGUUAUUAAAGGCUGUACUUUUUUGUGUAAAUAAUAGCUUGAAUAUGACGUAAAAUUGAUAAUUCUGGACUGCAUCUGAAAAUAAUAUGGCCGCAUCGUGCAUGUACAUUAGAUUCCAAUAUCCCAAGCCCGUGUUUGAUGCCGCAAACAAUGAACUUUCUAAUUUAGAAAUUGUUAGGAAAUCACGUGACUCAUUCAAGUGACCUUUGCUGCUCUUCAGGAAGGUCAUUUCCACAAAUUUUGCACAUUUGUAAAGCUUCUGUGACAAUGGUUACUAUAAUUUGAGAGUAUAAGCUGGCUGAAGGUCAAUAGAAUCCGGUAAUCACAACGUUCACACCUGUUAAUUCUGUGUUCGAACACAUGAUAAUCUAUGGACACAAGGGAAGAUUUUAUAACCUGCAUGAUUUUGUGUAAUUGUGUGUGACACAUACCAGCCCUUUUCUCACCUGACUCAUAGUGGCAGAGCGCCGUCACUUGUUGUUUUUCCGAUUUUUGUUAUUGGUUUAAUGUCACCUUAUGACAUUUAGAAAUUCAUUCUCGUGAUUAUUAUACGCAGUGAAAGACUGUCUUGUUCAAAGCUAGUGAACGACGAAAGUAACUGUGACACGCAUGCGCGAAUCUAAAUUCGAAAAGACAACCGCAAGAGGGCGCUCUAAUUAACCUGAACAAGAAAACAGCAAACUGUCAUGAUCAGGUUUUCUAAACUUGGUCUUCGUCCCCAGGUUCGGCUUUGUCUGCGUAAGAACCAGAGAGGUAUGAGUUUUUGAUACUCCAGCCAGAAGGACAUUAUACUCACAUUUGGCAUCAAUGCCGUGAUGUGCAGAUAACCCAAACAACCCAACACUGAGCCUGUUUCUCCCUCGUCAGGGAACUAGACCCAAGCAUGAAGCCAAAUCUGAAGACUAAACCCACGGUUUCAUUAAAUUUCAGUUUUGUCAAUUAAAAACCAUUUUGGAGGAUUCAAAGGAUGGAGUUUUGCGUCGGGGAAAUGUAAAUUCAACAUCGGGGUUUUGCCCUUCAGUGACGUACACUUAUGCUCAGUGUUGUCCGAGGGCUUGCGGAAGAAAUUUACAAGCUUACUUGGGUGGGACUCGAACCCACGACCUCCUGCUUAGUGCAGACGUCCUACCACUCGACCACCGAGCUUGCCGAGAUUGGCUGAGUAUACAGUGUUUAUAAAUACGUCAGUGCAGGGCGAAUCCCAUAGUGUUGAAUUUUUGGGAUACCCAAGAGUAAGUUGUGCUUGUGAAACGGAAUACAGUAAACGCACUUCACUGGCAUUCUUUCUGUAAAUAAUGGCCUACACUAGUUCAACAAUAAUACCAAACCAGAGAAUGUGAUUCAUUACCAUCAGAAGCAACAGAAAAAAACCCCACUUGUUUGAACAUGUGCUUAAUUUCAUUGUUAAAUUCGCCUGGGGCAUAAUGUAUGAAUAAAUAAUUGUAGAUGUAACAAUCAGGGCGAGUGUGUACAACAUUUGAAGCUUUUUUUGUAUAUAUACCAAAUUGUGGAGACGAGAUAAUAAAACAGUACUCCUCGA